CAGCGGCGUCGAUUCAAGUACCCAUCACGGCGGCGUCGAUCAUGGUUACCCUGGGCGAGCUGAAUUGAAACAGUUGCGUGGUUGCAGCGGCGUUUUGACGGCGCGCUCUUAAGAGGGAUGUGAAGGCGCAAUGAAUAUCUGGGACACACGCAGCGCUGGGACGUGGGGGAUUUCCCCUGAAAAGUGAGUGAAGAUGACCCGGCCGAUCUACUGCUACAUCACCAUCCUCCUGCACUGCAGCCUGCAUCCUAUGAUAUGCACCCGAAACCUCUCGUCUGCAAAACCUGGAUCAAAUGACGUCGAGGGACAGCGCUUUGAAUCCAACAUUUCUACGUCGGUGGUCAUCACCAAAUUGACUCGGCUCCUCUCCAAAUCUCAGCUGCUCGUCGAAGGCAACGGCUCGGGGGAGACCGCGGCUAUCGUCGCCCCAUCGGGCCUCUCGUGGCUGCACGGCUCCCACCGCAAGGGGCACUUUCUGCCACACUCGAGGACGAAACGGAGGCCCAUUGUCAAAACGGGGAAGUUCAAGAAGAUGUUCGGCUGGGGAGACUUUCACUCCAACAUCAAAACGCUGAAGCUCAACCUCCUCAUCACGGGCAAGAUUGUUGACCAUGGCAACGGCACGUUCAGCGUGUACUUUCGGCACAACUCGACCGGCCAGGGAAACGUGUCCGUGAGCCUCGUGCCGCCCACCAAGGCGGUCGAAUUCGAUCCCCCGCAGCAGUCUGUGAUCGAAGCCAAAGACUCCAAGACCUUCAACUGUCGGAUAGAGUACGAGAAGGUGGACCGUGCUAAGAAGAAUGUGCCCUGCAAUUACGACCCGUCCAAGAGCUGCUCCCAGGAGCAGAUCCAGAGCCACGUGUCCUGGCUCUGCUCCAAGCCCUUUAAGGUCAUCUGCAUCUACAUCGUUUUUUACAGCACGGACUACAAGCUGGUGCAGAAGGUGUGUCCCGACUACAAUUACCACAGCGACACCCCGUACUACCCAUCAGGAUGACCUCCCAUCCGCCCCGUAGCGCCGCGCAUCUGCUUUAUUCUUGACUUUCUUAUUGUGAAUAUAGACACAUAGUAUUGUACAAUUUGUAAAUAUUAAGUUUUGAUCGUAAAUGUGAACCAGUGUCAGAGUAGUUUAUUCCUUUUAAUCAAAGCGACAAUAUUUGUUUGGUUAAUCUGCCAUAUAUGUUAAAUGGUAAACCAUUUCCCAAAGAUAGUAUUUAAAAAGGUAUGAUUAUUAUUUGGACAUUUUAAGGUGUAUACGAUACUGUAUGUGGAAGCAGCCUCAUUGAGCAGAGCUUAACCAACUGGACACGCAGAAUAAUAAUAAAAAAAAUCCUGUAUUACUGUUACCACUGUGAUUGUGUAAGUAUUCAUCAUAAUUACUCGUCAAUCUUUUGCAUUAUUGAGCGUUGGAACUUCCUUGAGAGGUAAUAAGUUGCCAUGUCUGGUAUACCAGACGUAUCGAAAUUUACUGUGGCUGUUGUGAAACUUUAAAAGUAUACACUUACUAAUCGUCAGAUUUAAUUGCCGUAUUUUGCGAUUUGAUUUUUGAAAUUAAAAAUGACCGAAAUAUCAUGCAUUUAUUUAUUUAAAACUGCUAUUGUUUUACAAAGAGUAAUCUCGGGCAUUCUAUCUGUGUUUUAAUUAUCAACAAGUGUUCAUGUUACCACUUGGCCAUUACAUCCUUUUGUAAAAAAUCAGCCACAUUGUGUUCACUUGUUGGUCGUAUUAACAUUUACAGUGUUCUAAUCAAUGCCUCUUUUUCGACCAAUACAUGCCAAACAACUUUGUAAAGGUCUAUGUAUAGUUAAAACUGUUUAUUUAUAUAGCAAAUGCCCUUGCAUUUAUAUAUUUUAUUAUUUACAAAGCUAGAUUAAUGAAGUUAAUGCUAAUUAAUUUGCAGAGUGUCAUGCAAUUAUAUAUAUAUAUACACAUAUAGGACACCUAGGGGGGCAGUCGAAGCAAUUUUAAAAAUGAGAUGUAAUUUAAAGAUAGUGAAAUAAAACAAGUCUGUGGUGAGACAAUAUCCCAUUCUCAAAACAUUUGUACUGCUCCCCAUGAACAUGCACGCACACAUCCAAAAAUACAACUGUACAUAACAACAACAACAGCACAUUCCCUUGGCGAUAUUAUUUUCCAAGACAUCUCAACUGGCUAACUGCGGCGAUACACGGUCGUAAUGUUUGGCUUGUGGUAGGGCAGGCAAGUUGAUUUUCAGACACUCGGUGAGCAAUGCAUUCUCUACUCUUUGGUUCUUUCGGUAAAGUCACAUAGGUAUAAAAAAUAAAAUAUAAUAAAACACUUUUUACGUUAUUAUAUAUUUGUUUCUGCCUGAGCACGACCGCUUGUGUUGCGAUCGAAACGUCGCGAUAAUAUUUUUUGGUUUUAUUAAAAAUGUUCUACCUACGUGACUUUACCGAAAGAACCCAAAGAGUAUGGAUUCCUGCAGUCACGAAAGCUUCAAAUCAAGACUGAGCAAUGCAUUAUUCAUCGACCAGCCUUGGUGCCCCGAGUAGGUCCGCCUCAGCAGCAUUCCUCAUCCCCUUCAGGUCACGGCACAUGUCCAUGGUUGAACUUGUCACUCAUGGUCUGUUGCCAUUCACGCGUGUGUCAGAUCCAGGUCUGAGAACUCUUUUUUUUUCCGAAUGACAGAAAUAGCCCUGGCGAUUGAAGUUUCUGCCCCGACCAACAAAUGGCUCACCAUUGGAACCGCUGAGACUUACCUUGAGUUUUAAAAUGUUGCUGUGCAAUGUGUUUAAAUUUCAUCUUACAGUAAACAACAUAUAAAUGA